GGCAGUUCGUUUUGAGUACUCUUUUGAACGACAAAUUAACGAAUAAAUUUGCAAAUCCCCAACCACAAAACGCCCCAAUCCUCCUCGUCGUCUUCACAGUUCACACUCCCUGUCCCGUUCCGACCACUCUCUACCCCUUUCGAAUUAGCCGACAAAAGUCUAAUCACCAGAAGAAAAAAAAGAAAACACAACAUACGGAAAUGUAUUGUACGAUAACCUUCUGAACCGUUACCGUUCAGUUUGCUCUGUUUUCUUUUUUUGGUUUACAGUUUCUUUCACAAAAAUACUUCGCUACGAUCUCGCAGUAGCACUGAGUCUCUCUGGCUUAGGGAUAGGGUUAAGGUUAGGGUUUCGACAUUACCAUGUGAAACCCUAGCUACGGGUAGUUGUGGUUUUACGAUAUCCCGGGCGAGAUCGAGAGGUUGGAAGUAUGGGAAAUUGUUGCAGAUCUCCGGCGGCCGUGGCCAGGGAGGACGUGAAAUCGAGUUUCUCUGGACAAGAUCACGCCCGGAGAGAUUCCAGUGCCGGGAAGAAGCCUCCAAUCAGGGUCUUGACCGGUUUGCCCAAGGAGAACAUCGAGGAGAAGUACUUAGUCGACCGCGAACUUGGCCGUGGAGAGUUUGGAGUCACGUAUCUGUGUAUCGACCGGGAGAGUAGGGAGCUACUGGCCUGCAAGAGCAUUUCGAAGCGGAAGCUGAGGACGGCAGUGGACAUUGAGGACGUGCGGCGCGAGGUGGCGAUAAUGAAGCACUUGCCGAAAAAUUCGAGCAUUGUGAGCUUUAAGGAGGCGUGCGAGGAUGACAAUGCGGUGCAUUUGGUGAUGGAGUUGUGCGAGGGGGGUGAGCUGUUCGAUCGGAUUGUGGCGCGUGGCCAUUAUACAGAGCGGGCAGCUGCGGGAGUUACGAGGACCAUCGUGGAGGUUGUGCAGCUAUGCCACAAGCACGGGGUGAUUCAUAGAGACUUGAAGCCUGAGAACUUUUUGUUCGCGAACAAGAAGGAAAAUUCGCCCUUGAAGGCCAUCGAUUUUGGGCUGUCUAUAUUCUUCAAGCCAGGUGAGAGGUUCUCAGAAAUCGUUGGAAGUCCAUAUUACAUGGCUCCUGAGGUGCUCAAGCGGAACUAUGGGCCAGAGAUAGAUAUAUGGAGUGCAGGAGUUAUUCUCUACAUUUUACUUUGUGGGGUUCCCCCAUUCUGGGCCGAGUCUGAACAAGGUGUUGCACAGGCCAUUCUUCGAGGGCUAAUAGAUUUUAAACGGGAUCCAUGGCCAAAUAUCUCAGAGACUGCUAAGGAUCUAGUCAAGCAAAUGUUGGAACCAGACCCUAAGCUUCGACUUACCGCAAAGCAAGUGCUAGAGCAUCCUUGGCUCCAAAAUGCUAAAAAGGCUCCAAAUGUUCCCCUUGGUGAUGUAGUCAAGUCAAGGCUCAAGCAGUUUUCAAUGAUGAACAGAUUUAAGAGAAAAGCCCUAAGGGUAAUUGCCGAUUUCCUAUCCACUGAAGAAGUUGGAGACAUAAAAGAAAUGUUUAAGAAGAUGGACACUGAUAAUGAUGGUGUUAUCUCAAUUGAAGAAUUGAAAGCUGGACUUAGAAAUUCUAGAUCCCAGCUUGCAGAGUCUGAAGCCCAGAUGCUUAUUGAAGCUGUAGAUACCAAUGGGAAAGGAACACUCGACUAUGGAGAAUUUCUUGCUGCUUCCCUCCAUCUGCAAAGGAUAGCUAACGACGAGCAUCUUCACAACGCCUUUUCCUACUUUGACAAGGAUGGUGAUGGGUAUAUUGAGCCAGAUGAGCUUCGGGAUGCGUUAAUGGAAGAUGGAGCAGAUGAUUGUGCAGAUGUAGCAAAUGACAUCUUCCAAGAAGUGGAUACAGACAAGGAUGGGCGAAUCAGCUACGAUGAAUUUGUGGCUAUGAUGAAAACUGGAACAGAUUGGAGAAAGGCUUCUCGACAUUACUCUAGAGGGAGAUUUAACAGUUUAAGCAUCAAGCUGAUGAAGGAUGGUUCUUUGAACUUGGGGAAUGAGAGUAGUAUAUAAUAUGCAAAACGUUUCAGUUUAUCCACACACGAGAAAAAGUACCUAUCUUGAUGCCCGCCCACCUUACAUCUGGGACUUUUGCUAUCUUUUAUGAUUAUUUUUUUUAGGUCCCUAUAACCAAAUGUGGCACCUUUUACUUGGUGCCUUGGAGGGCUGGGUCAAUGAAUCGAAUUUGUCAUUGGGAAUGUUAAUUGUGCAAACAGUGCCUAGAAGCCAUGGUUUUCGCAUUUAUGAUUCUGCCCUAGUUCUAUAAACAUCCUUGGAAAC